AUGCUGUACCGGCCACGACGCCCGGUGAAAUCGAUGAUCCCCCGCUACAACAAAUACAAGGCGUUACCAUUCUCGCUGCCUGCUCAAGCAGUAGUAGAUAUACCCGGGCAGACAAGGUGUGCCGACAAUACACAAAUUUUGCAGCGCGACCGGGAUGGUGAGUGA